AUGGCACUGUCUGCUUUUGCAGCCCGGGCGCUCCGGCCGCCGCCGCUGCAACUGGAGCAAGGAGCGCCCGCCCGCACCACCUGUCCCCGCCGGCAUUCCAGAGUAGAGGCCGAAUUGGCAGCAAGCCGGCCCGGGUCGGUCGCCGCCUCAGUCCGCGCCGGCCCUCCUAGGGGUGUGUCUCUGGGAAUCAACUCCCCGCCGCUCCAGGACGAGCCCCCAAAGGCAUUUUCUUCCUUGGCGGGAGCCUUGUGCGCCCCGCUCUUCGCGCUGCUGCCUCGAGGCCGCCGCAGGCGGAUGCACGACCUUAGGCGACGCUGGGACCUGGGCUCCCUCUGCCGGGCCCUGCUCACUCGGGGCCUGGCAGCCGUGGGCCACUCGCUCAAGCACGUGCUCAGUGCGAUCUUCUCCAAGAUUUUCGGUCCCUUGGCCAGCGUCGGGAAUAUGGAUGAGAAAUCAAACAAGCUGCUGCUGGCUUUGGUGAUGCUCUUCCUAUUUGCCGUGAUCGUUCUCCAGUAUGUGUGCCCCGGCACAGAAUGCCAGCUCCUCCGCCUGCAGGCGUUCAGCUCCCCGGUGCCGGAUCCGUACCGCUCGGAGGAUGAGAGCUCCUCCAGGUUUGUACCCCACUACAAUUUCAGCCGCAGUGAUCUCCUGCGCAAGGUAGACUUCGACAUCAAGGGCGAUGACCUGAUCGUGUUCCUGCACAUCCAGAAGACUGGGGGCACCACUUUUGGCCGUCACCUGGUACGCAACAUCCAGCUGGAGCAGCCGUGUGAGUGCCGCGUGGGGCAGAAGAAAUGCACUUGCCACCGGCCGGGUAAGAAGGAGACCUGGCUCUUCUCCAGGUUCUCCACUGGCUGGAGCUGCGGGCUGCAUGCCGACUGGACCGAACUCACCAGCUGCGUGCCCGCAGUGGUGGACGGCAAGCGCGAUGCCAGGCUGAGACCUUCCAGGUGGAGGAUUUUUCAGAUUCUAGAUGCAACUAGUAAGAAUAGAUGGGGUUCUUCACACUUCAACUCAGUUGCCAACUCUCCAUCAUCUCCAAAGACCCGGAGCACACCUAAGAGUGGGAAGAAUUUCCACUACAUCACCAUCCUCCGAGAUCCAGUGUCCCGGUACUUGAGUGAAUGGAGGCAUGUCCAGAGAGGGGCGACAUGGAAAGCAUCCCUGCAUGUCUGUGAUGGAAGGCCCCCGACCUCUGAAGAACUGCCCAGCUGCUACAGCGGGGAUGACUGGUCUGGCUGCCCUCUCAAAGAGUUCAUGGACUGUCCCUAUAAUCUGGCCAACAACCGCCAAGUGCGCAUGCUGUCUGACCUGACUCUAGUGGGCUGCUACAACCUCUCUGUCAUGCCGGAAAAGCAAAGAAACAAGAUCCUUCUGGAAAGCGCCAAGUCCAAUCUGAAGCACAUGGCAUUCUUUGGCCUCACCGAGUUUCAGCGCAAGACCCAGUACCUGUUUGAGAAGACCUUCAACAUGAACUUUAUCUCGCCGUUUACCCAAUACAAUACCACUAGGGCCUCUAGCGUAGAGAUCAAUGAGGAAAUCCAAAAGCGUAUUGAGAGACUGAAUUUUCUGGAUAUGGAGUUGUAUGGCUUUGCGAAAGACCUCUUUCUGCAAAGGUAUCAGUUCAUGAGGCAGAAGGAGCAUCAGGAUGCCAGGCGGAAGCGUCAGGAGCAGCGCAAGUUUCUGAAGGGAAGGUUCCUUCAGACCCAUUUCCAGAGUCAGAGUCAGGGUCAGAACCAGAGUCCAGGUCAGAAUCUGAGUCAGAAUCCAAAUCCCAACCCAAAUCAGAACCUGACUCAGAGGCUGAGUCAGAAUCUGACUCGGAAUUUCAAUCCCAAUUUGAUCCAGAAGGAGAACCGGGGAAGUCAGAAGCAGGGCUCAGGCCACAAGCAGAGGGAUGGCAGCAGCAGCAACGGCACCAACGACUACAUAGGCAGCGUAGAGACAUGGCGCUAA